UAAACUCAAGGCAUGAAUGAACGGGCGAGAUGAGAGAUGUGAUUCAGAUUAACCAUGAUUAGAGAAAACGAUGAUUGAUGAUAAUGGUGAUGAUGAGAUGAUCCUAUAAUUCUCAAAGCUUUUGCAUAAAAUAGGAAGUGAACGCCUUCAACAACUCAUUCUCUUCCAGUUCUCAGGAGAGACAGAUUGAAAACAAACCCUAGGAAAAAAAUGUCAGACGAGGAACACCACUUUGAGUCCAAGGCCGAUGCUGGAGCCUCCAAGACCUAUCCUCAACAAGCUGGUACCAUUCGCAAGAAUGGCUACAUCGUUAUCAAGAAUCGUCCCUGCAAGGUUGUGGAGGUUUCAACAUCAAAGACAGGGAAGCACGGUCAUGCUAAGUGCCACUUCGUUGGAAUUGAUAUAUUCACUGCAAAAAAACUUGAAGAUAUUGUUCCUUCAUCCCACAAUUGUGAUGCUCCCCAUGUUAAUCGUACUGAUUAUCAGCUGAUUGAUAUCUCUGAAGAUGGUUUUGUGAGUCUUCUGACUGAAAGUGGAAACACCAAGGAUGAUCUCAGGCUUCCCACCGAUGAAAAUCUGCUCAGCCAGAUUAAAGAUGGGUUUGCUGAGGGGAAGGACCUUGUGGUGACCGUCAUGUCUGCAAUGGGAGAGGAGCAGAUCUGUGCCCUCAAGGACAUUGGUCCUAAAAAUUAAAAAUGAUACUAUAGCAUUAGCUAUAGCUGAUGGUGAAACAGUCUUUAUGUUUGCUAACAGGGAAUUUUUAUCUGCUAAGCAUAUGUUCAACAAACUUUUAUUAAGACAAGUAUUUUAGCUGUGUAAUCAAGAAUGAUAAGGCUUGUAAUGAGGGAGGUGGAGAAGAGAACCAAGCUUUUCGUUUCCUGAUGGAGGGAACUUGGUGUUUCGGCAGGAAGGAAUAUAUAUAAAUUUUACUGUUUUAUA